GCUCUCUCGCGUCCGAAUCCGGACCACGACACCACCAUCCCCCACAGCGCCCAUCCAAUUGCCCGCCAAGCGCGCAGCCGCCGCCGGUCAGACCCUCCGUGAGACAACACACACGUCGACGCGACCACACAUUUCUGCGAUGCUGGCCCGUGGCGCGCUCUGCCGUUUGGCGGCUGAGACACCCAAACAAGCUGCACCCAGCCUGCCCAAGCUCGCGUGUCUCGUCCAGACUGCGCGUGCCGGCUACGCCCUGCCCAUUCGCACGCUAUUGCACGCGUCGCAGCUCCAGGUCCGCUCCUACGCCACCAAGGACCCCGCCGAACCGGUCAAGAAGGCCGUUAAGGCGAAGGCUGCCGCGGGGCAGUCGGUGACGAAGACCACCUCUUCAAAGAAGCCUGCUGUGAAGAAAACUGCUGCGAAGAAGACUACUGCUAAGAAGACUGCCGCAAAGAAACCUGCCGCGAAGAAGGCCGCGCCAAAGAAGACCAAGAAGAAGGCUGUCCCGAAGAAGCCUGUCAAGAGGGCCAAGAAGGUGCUUACAGCAGAGGAGAAGGAGAAGGCGCUCAUCCGCGAGCUGAAGAAGCUCGCGCUGAGAGAGCCUGUCACCCGCAAUCCGAUCUCAGCCUACAACUUGUUUUUCGCUGAGAGAGUGAAGACCGCCCACAAGGAAGGCGGGAAACCCGACUUUACUGACUCCACCAAAAGCUGGGCUGCAAUCACGCCUGCUGAGCGCGAGAACUGGAAUCACCAGGCCGCUGAAGCCAAUGAAGCCCGUGCGGCCGAGUACAAGAAAUGGGUACUAUCCCAUACGCCCGACCAGAUCCGUAUUGCCAACAAUGCGCGCGCUCGGCUCAGGAGAACAUUAUCAGCAACACGCAAGACCCCCGGCAUCCCGGCACACUGCCAGUCUAUCGUAGACGAGCGCGCUGUGAAACGCCCCGUGUCUGCGUGGACAGCCUUCAAUGUUGAGCGAUCGCCGUCCUCGGAUUUCAAGGGCCUGCUGCUUCCUCAGGUGUCCAAGCUUUUGUCUGAGGAGUGGAAGGCGCUCAGCGCCAGCGAGAAGCAGCGAUUCGAGGACAUAGCUUCAGCCGAUAAGCAGAGGUAUGCCAACGAGAUGGCUGCACAGACCAAGGCGUAGGUUCGUUUAAGCAGCUUCGACUACUACUUUCCUUGCACGACUUUUCCUUGACUCCCUAAUAUCUCGCGGACGGAUGGUGGGACGGAUUGAACUGGCGCUCGCAUGUGGUAACAUCAAUGUACAUUGGUCUAGACGGCGGUUCAGUCAGCUUUCUACAACGCGACUUGGUCAUUUGGCGCAUCUGGUCUGGACAUCAGAGCGCGCAUGUUCUCCACGCACGUUACGUCUGUAAAGAUAUGGUUCUAUAGCUCUGAUUGUAUCUCAUGCUGUUUCCAAU